UUAACUUCACUUAACUUCACGUGAUGUACGUGACAAUAGAAACGCCAAAAUCAUAUGACAGUAGGGUGAGGUGAUUUCUGUAGAAUAUAAAAUUGAUAUUUUUCCUAUUUAAAAAAUAUAAUAAUGAAGGGGUGUCUUUUCAACAUCGACAACGGCUACCUGGAGGGCCUAUGCAGGGGCUUCAAGUGUGGUAUCCUCAAGCAAGCUGACUAUUUGAACUUGGUGCAAUGUGAAACUCUUGAAGAUCUCAAAUUGCAUCUGCAAGGCACUGAUUAUGGAACCUUUUUGGCCAAUGAACCUUCACCCUUGUCUGUGUCCACAAUCGACUCUAAAUUGAGAGAGAAGCUGGUUAUUGAGUUCCAACAUAUGAGAAACCAAGCCGUCGAGCCCUUAUCUACAUUCAUGGACUUCAUCACCUACAGUUAUAUGAUCGACAAUAUAAUUUUGCUUAUUACAGGAACGUUACAUCAGCGUCCAAUUGGCGAACUGAUUCCAAAAUGUCACCCAUUGGGCAGUUUUGAACAAAUGGAAGCCAUUCAUGUAGCUGCGACUCCAGCUGAACUAUACAAUGCUGUUUUGGUGGACACACCUCUGGCCCCAUUCUUUGUGGACUGCAUCAGCGAGCAAGAUUUGGAUGAGAUGAACAUCGAGAUCAUCCGUAACACGCUGUACAAGGCAUACCUUGAGGCAUUCUGGACUUUCUGCAAGGAGAUUGGAGGCACCACGGCUGAUUGUAUGUGCGAAAUUCUAGCCUUUGAGGCUGACAGGCGGGCGAUUAUCAUCACCAUCAAUUCGUUUGGAACAGAGUUGAGCAAGGACGAUAGAGCUAAGCUGUAUCCUAGGUGCGGUAAACUCCAUCCUGACGGUUUAGCCGCUCUAGCAAGAGCGGAAGAUUACGAGCAAGUCAAGGCGGUAGCAGAGUACUAUGCAGAGUACUCCAAGCUUUUCGAGGGUGCUGGAAACAACCCUGGGGAUAAGACGCUCGAAGAUAAGUUCUUCGAGCACGAGGUGCGCCUCAACUUGAACGCGUUCAUGCAGCAAUUUCACUUUGGCGUGUUCUACGCGUAUUUGAAAUUGAAAGAGCAGGAAUGCCGUAACAUCGUUUGGAUCGCGGAGUGUGUGGCACAGAAACAUAGGGCUAAGAUUGAUAACUACAUUCCGAUUUUUUAAGUAUUUUCUAGCUGCAUGCCAUUUUGUUCAAGUUGCACAUGAUUACGUUUUUCUGCCUUUGGAGAAAUCUCUUCCAUCACUUCCGGAAUAUCGCAGUUUUCAAUUCACAAAUGUGGUUUUUGCAAUAAAAUAGGUUGUGUUGAGCACUGAAACAUAUAAAAUGAAAUGGCAGAUUAUCUUUACCGGACUUUUAAGUAUAACACAUAUAAUCAUGUAGAAAAUCGUUGUUGUUAAGAAUGUUACAAAUGUUAUUUUAUGUAUAGCAGAAUAUUCCGUUUAUCAUUUACCAUAUUUAUCCAGUAUUGUAAAUUUUUGAAUCUGUGUAUAUUAAAAUGUAAGAUAGUAAGCAUGGCUUUGUUUUUCU